UGCUCUCCUUUUGAUCUCACAUCAGAGUAAUUCCCACGGGGAGGUUUCAAGGGCAGCCUUACUCACCUCCUCGCAGUGAAUUGUCAUCGUAAACCCCCGAGUGCCCACACUUGGGCGGCCAGCUAAUAUCUACGAAGCUAGCCAGGAUGGAGUGGGUUUAUACUAGAAGUUAUGAAGAUCUCUUUCCUUAUCACGCUUCUUCCGCCGCGGGAGGUAUCCUCGACGGAUCUGACCCGCAACAAGUGGAAUACAUCCUUGCAGACCCAUUCUCACCGACGGCAGGUGGUCAAAGUUUCCAUAAAACCUUGCCUAAAAAUGAUUGCGAACAAUCAAUGCUCCAUGCUUCAUAUCUGCGGCUAUGGAAGCUCCCAAACAAGGCUUUUCUGUGAAGGCAGGGGAGGACGGCCCGUUUCCGCCUCUUGCUAAUCGUGCCGAGGCCUGACGACGGACUUUGAAGCAAGUGCCAGG